AUGUCUCCUCACGCAGAUGCUCCGACUACCCGCUUGGGCAAUGACUCGAAUGGCUCGAAUGGCUCGACAGUCUCGUCUAGAUAUCAUUCGUCUUCGACCAAGGCUGCAAUUCAGGCAGAGAAUCAAUACGCCGCCCACAACUAUCAUCCGCUCCCUGUCGUCUUCGCUCGCGCGCAGGGUGCCGAUGUGUGGGAUCCUGAAGGCAAGCACUACAUCGAUUUCCUCUCAGCAUACAGCGCCGUGAAUCAAGGCCAUUGCCACCCAGAACUAGUGAAAGCUCUCACUGAACAGGCUGGAAGAUUGACCUUGAGCUCCAGGGCAUUUCACAAUGACGUGUUUCCCAAAUGGGCGGAAAAGGUGCAAGCGAUGUUCGGGUACGACAUGGUCCUGCCGAUGAACACGGGAGCGGAGGCUGUAGAAACGGCUAUCAAGAUUGCAAGAAAAUGGGCCUAUAAAGUCAAGGGUGUUCCCCAGGGCAAGGCAUUAGUGUUCGGCGCCGAGGAAAAUUUCCAUGGUCGCACGAUGACGGCGGUGACUCUAUCCACCGACCCAGAGUCCAAGGAUAACUACGGGCCAUACGUGCCAAACAUCGGGGCUAUAUCCCCCUCCACUGGUAAGCCUAUUCGGUAUAACAACGUGGCCGAUUUGGAGGAGUUGCUUGAGACUCACGGGCGUGAGACUGCUGCAUUCAUUGUCGAGCCUAUUCAGGGAGAGGCGGGUGUAGUGGUUCCCGACGAGGAUUAUUUGAGCAAAGUGCAAGCGCUUUGCAAGAAACAUAAUGUGCUCUUGAUCUGUGAUGAGAUCCAGACGGGUAUCGGUCGCACGGGUCGGAUGCUGUGUUCUGAGUGGGCUGGCAUCAAGCCGGACAUGAUUACUUUGGGGAAAGCUAUCUCUGGUGGCAUGUAUCCCGUCAGUUGCGUCCUCAGUAGUAAAGAGAUCAUGCUUGUCGUCGAGCCUGGAACUCAUGGCUCGACGUACGGCGGAAACCCAUUAGGCUGCGCUGUCUCUAUACGUGCUCUUGAGCUCAUGGAAGAGGAGCAGCUCACCCAAAAGGCUGAGAAGCUUGGUAAUAUCUUCCGCGACGGUCUAGCGUCGUUUAAUUCGCCAGUUAUCAAGACAAUCCGUGGAAAGGGACUACUAAAUGCUGUCGUCAUCGACGAAUCGAAGGCCAAUGGCCAUUCGGCUUGGGACCUAUGUCUUCUUCUCAAGGAGAAGGGUCUUCUGGCUAAACCGACACAUGGGAACAUCAUCCGGUUCGCACCGCCGUUGGUUAUUUCGGAAGCGCAGCUUCAAAAGGCCAUAUCCAUUAUUGGCGAUGCGCUGCAGGAGCUACCAAAGAUGAAGAAACAUGAGGACGUCCACGUCGGACUGGAGAAUUAA